AUGGCGGCACAGAUGAUCUGGCAGCUCUUUUUCCUGCGGCUCCCGCUUAUGACGCGCGCCGCGCGGAUUGGAAUUGUCACUAUGCACUCUCCAGAGAUCAUGUCCUAUGCCAACACCACCAGUUUAGUCAACCAAGAGUAUGCUGAGCGCCACGGCUAUGGCUUUCACAUCCUGAACCACACCGUUGAUACCACACGUGUUCCUCACUGGUCUAAGAUCCACGCACUUUUGAUUCAUCUCGCAGACUACGACUUUGCUUUCUGGAUCGAUGCUGAUGCCAUGUUCUAUGACCACAGUCGAAGAAUUGAAGAUGUUCUUCAAGUCCAAGACCCCACGGUGGAGCUCUGGAGCCAAGAUAUUUGGCCGGACUAUCCGACCUUGCACCGAAAGGAGAAGAUGGAUGGAGCGACCUUCUUGAUUCGAAAUAGCGAAUGGGCCAGACGCUUUUUGCUGGAGAUGUAUUUCUAUCCACCUUGCAUCCAGUUCCUGAACUGGACAGAGCAGUAUUGCUUGACGCUCGCUUACAACGCGAACUUGCUGAACGUCCGGGAGAAGACACUGAUCCUGCCCACACCGACUCUGAAUCACCACCGCAUCCCUGCGCUGGGCCUCCAGAGGCAGCUCUUUAUUUGGCACCUGGCUGGCCGCUCCACUAAGCAAAGGGCCAGCCACAUGAAGCUCGUCUAUGAAGAUUAUGGGAGCAAGUUUCAGGAGAUCAAGUAUCAGUCUUUCUGGAAUUUCUAUAAGCUCUUUGAAGACGACAACUUUGGUGACUUGGCCUCUUUGCAAUUGUGCGUGUUCGGCCUUGGUGAGAGACAUCAGUCCAUGAUCGAAGCCAUGUUGUUCCACUUUCCGUAUCACACGGGCUUUGUGGUGACCCGUUCCGGCUCGCCGGGGCUUUGGACUCAGAUGCGGCAGAGCGAGGCGAUCGGCGACAAGUUCGGCAGCCGCAUGGCCUCCCUGGACCUUUGGGAAUAUCGUGCUGGGCGAACACGCGAGGGUGAGGACAUGGUCACAGGCUUCUUUUGCGACCUGAUGGUCCUGGGCGUGGAGAGUUGGAGACACUUGUCUGAGGGCGCCUUGACCUUGCCCUCCUUCGCGCGCGCGGGGCUGGAAGGCUAUCAGGGUCCACGAGGCCAAGGCUUUGGCUAUUCCGGAUUGAAGGAUGUUUACAUGGUGAUCCUUCACGACUCCUGUGAAGGCACUCCUUCGAACCUGAAGCUAGACUCGGAUGAUGAGAAUGGUCGGGCGAUGGAGGCCGCAUGUCACCUGGUCUCUGAUUUUGAGAUCUUGGUGGAUGAGGUCUACGCAGGAGCACAAGACGAGGAUGCACCAGAGCGCAACGCGAUUUUUGUGCUCGACAAGCCUGGAGGUGACGAGAAGGUUCCUUGGGAUUCGGUCUCCCCUGAGCGUUGGGGCUCCAAACGUUUGGGCCAAGUGACGUUGGCACGACUGCCGCGCUACGCCUUCCCGAAGACCCAGUGGGCUCAGACCUGA